GUUGAGUUCCUGGAUAAAUUGUUUUCUUUUCGUUAAAUUUGCAUUUCGCGGAUUUUUUGCUCGUGAUUUUUCAGGGAUUCCGCCCCGGACAGAUGAAUAUCGACAGUGCAGUUAGUCAAAUUAGGAAUUUUAAGGACUUCCUGCAGCUCUAUAACAAAUUGACCGAGCACUGCUUCACGAAAUGCGUGGACAAUUUCCACAGCAGGACCAUCUCAGCGAUUGAGAACCAGUGCGUGAACAACUGCUUCGGGAAGUUUACAAACGUUAACCAAAAAAUUCUUGGAGUUUACAUUGAUGUUCAGCAGGAGAUAAACACCAGAAGAAUAGCUGAAUUGGAGGCCAAUCAGGCCACUGCAAUCCAGGAAACUGCCCCCACUGCCCCUGCAGUGACAGAAGCUGCAAUAAAUGCUUAGAAAAUGCCUCUUUGUUUGUGUCUUUUCGCCGGAAUUCCAGCUUCCGGGAAGACGUCAACAGCCAGGAGGAUUUCCAGCAUGUCCCGUGAUCUAUCAGUCCAUCACCUCAGCUAUGAUGACUUUGUGAAGCCCGGGACAUGCUACAAGACUUUUAGGAUGGAAAUGUUGUGGAGAAUAGAGGAGUUUAUUGAGAAAUUCCAGAAGCUGGAGUAUCCGAGUGUUUUGAUUGUCGACGACAUUAUGACGUACAGCAGCAUGAGGAAGGAAGUGUACAGCCUGGCUAGGAAGCACAAAACUGGGUACUUUCAGGUGUAUUUCAGAAUUUCCCAGGAAAAAGCCCUGGAGAGGAACAGGAGCCGUCCGAAUGCGGUUCCGGAUGCCACAAUUGCUAACCUUUCUUUAAAAAUCGAGCCUCCUUCGCAAGAUACCAACUUGGAGACACUCACCAUCGAGGAAAAUCAAAGCCUGGACUUCAAUGAGUUCAGAGAAAAAGUACUUUACCAUCUGGCCAAUCCGGAAGAGCCUCCAGAGCCGCCGAAGGAAAAAGAGAAAGUUGAACCAUCUAAAUUGCAUAAAAUCGACCUGAUUCUUCGGCAGGAAAUCUCCAGGAGGAUCAGAGAAGCUCCAGAUCGAGAAACCAUUAAAAGACUAUCAGAAACCCUAAACAGCAGAAGGAAGAAUAUUUUAAAGGGCUUCCGGGAAUCUUCCCGGAUCCCCGAAAGCGUAGAUGAAGUGAGAAACCUCCUGUACAAAGAAUUCCUUUGAAUAAACCCUUUUAUUUGACACUGUC